AUGGUUGCCUGGCCAUUGCACUCGCUGUGGCUGAUCCUCAGCCUCCUCAUCCACUCUGCCAAGAGGCACAAGGGGCUUCCCUGCSAAACUGUGCCUCAGUUUCUCCUCUGGAAGUGGGCUUUGAGCAAUGCUGACGUGCCAAAGACCUGUGCCAAUGCUGAUCUGUGGGGGAUUUCUCAUCCCCAUGGAGGSGGCUUACAGCAGCUAAAUUCACCUCUGGUGGAAAUGCCCACCAUGGACCCCUGGGGGCCYUGGAGGCCUCCAGCUCUGCUCUCACCUGCAGAUGCUGAGAAGAGCCCCAGCUACUGGAAUAAAGGGGCCAGGAGGAGACUGGAGCUGGCCCUAGCACUGCAGCAAGGGGCACAAAGRGCCAAAAACAUCAUCCUCUUCAUGGGCGACGGCAUGGGCCUGUCCACCAUGUCAGCAGCUCGGAUCUACAAGGGGCAGCUGUCCGGCAGCUCAGGCGAGGAGAGUGUCUUGGCCAUGGAGACCUUUCCCCACAUGGCCCUGGCCAAGGUGAGUGGGACAGUGCUGGGGGGGACAGUCCUGCUGUCCCUGCUUGAAACCCCACUGGACCCAUCUUGCUUCCAGACCUAUACCAUCGACCGUCAGGUGCCCGACAGCGCUGGCACCGGCACCGCCUACCUCUGUGGGGUGAAGACCAACGCCAAAACCCUGGGACUGAGCGGGGCGGCCGUCUAYGGAAAAUGCCGCAGCACCUUCGGCAACGAGGUGGACUCCAUCCUGCACCGGGCCAGGCUGGCGGGCAAGGCAGUGGGCAUCGUGACGACCACGCGGGUGCAGCACGCGUCCCCCGGGGCAGCCUACGCGCACUCGGCCAGCCGCAGCUGGUACGCCGACGCCAGCAUGCCCGCGGACGCCCUGCGCGACGGCUGCAAGGACAUCGCCCACCAGCUGGUGCACAACACCGACAUCAACGUGAUCCUGGGCGGCGGGAGGAUGUACAUGACCCCCAGGUCGACUGCAGACCCCGAGUACCCAGAGGACCCGGAUCAGAAUGGCAUCAGGAAGGACGGCCGGGACUUGAUUGCUGAGUGGCUGAGUGCCAGGCAGGGUGCCCGCUACGUCUGGGACAAGAAGGGUCUGGAUGCGGUCGAAGAGGACUCCGUGAGCCACCUCAUGGGCCUCUUUGAGCCCAAGGACAUGAGGUAUGAGCUGAACCGCAAUGCAUCCACGGACCCCUCCAUCGUGGAGAUGACGGAAAAGGCCAUCCGCAUCCUGCGCAGGAACCCCAAUGGCUUCUUCCUCUUUGUGGAAGAUGACCAUGUUUCCUGUGCAGGUGGCAGAAUCGACCACGGCCACCACAGCGGCCGGGCCAAGCAGGCGCUGAUGGAGGCCGUGAUGCUGGACCGGGCAGUGGCGCGGGCGGGCGAGCUCACCUCCCCUGCCGACACCCUGACCGUGGUGACGGCCGAUCACUCGCACGUCUUCACCUUUGGGGGCAGCACACCACGUGGCAACUCCAUCUUCGGACUGGCCCCCAAGAAGGCCAAGGACAAGCGAGCUUACACCAGCAUUCUCUAUGGUAAUGGUCCUGGCUACAGCAUCCGUGACGGGGCCCGUCCAGCUGCCAGCCUCCCUGCUGCAGAGGACAAGGACUACAGGCAGCAGGCAGCCGUGCCCCUGGAGACAGAGACUCACAGCGGGGAGGACGUGGUGGUGCUGGCCCAGGGCCCCAUGGCUCACCUGUUCCACGGGGUGCAGGAGCAGACCUACGUCGCCCACGCCAUGGCCUACGCCGCCUGCCUCGAGCCCUACGCCACRGAGCCCGGGUGCAGGGCAGCCCGCAGGGCCUCCCAUGGCACACAGUGCUCCCCACAUCCCCUGCUCGCCCUCUUGGCCCUCUGCAUGGCUGUCCUCAUGGUGGGGGGCUGAGAGGAGUCACUGUGGCCAGGACAAAGGGAUGCAAUAAAACACAGGUUGUCAGUCUCC